AUGGUCCAGACUCAUGCUUGCAAACGAUGUAGAGACCUCCUCCUGGGGCUCCUGCCCUCCUUUCAGGGUCUGCCCUCAGCUUUCCUCCUGCACUGGCUCAACAACUUGGCUUUCUUUACCAGAGGGAAAACAAAAUGCAUGAUGAAGUCUUCAGACUGUGUCAUAAAGCAUGCUGGUGUAUACAGUACUGGCCUUGCAAUGGUGGGCGCAAUAUGUGACUUCUGUGAAGCUUGGGUUUGUCACGGUAGGAAGUGCCUCAGUACACACGCCUGCGCCUGCCCCCUUGCUGAUGCCGAGUGUGUGGAGUGCGAACGAGGAGUCUGGGACCACGGAGGCAGAAUAUUCAGUUGUUCUUUUUGUCAUAACUUUCUCUGUGAAGAUGAUCAAUUCGAACAUCAAGCCAGCUGCCAGGUUUUAGAGGCAGAAACAUUUAAAUGUAAGUUUUUAUAUAUUAGAUAUUUUUUAUACCCAAGUUUCUUUAAUAGUCUUAAGUAUAUGAUUUAUUUGCUUAUUUUUACUUCUCUGAUACAGGCUUGUUUCUGUGAUGACCAUACAAGAAGCAAGGUAUUUAAACAAGAGAAAGGAAAACAGCCUCCCUGUCCUAAAUGUGGACAUGAAACUCAGGAAACCAAGGAUCUUAGCAUGUCAACGCGCUCCCUGAAAUUUGGCAGGCAGACUGGAGGCGAAGAGGGAGACGGAGCUUCUGGGUACGAUGCCUACUGGAAGAGCCUUUCAGCUGAUAAGUACGGUGAUACCAGCUACCAUGAUGAGGAGGAUGAGUAUGAAGNCUUCCCGUUUCCUGUUGUCUGGCUUUGUUCCUCAAAUCAAGAUCAUAGAAAACUGAGUAUCUUCUGUCUCUUUCAUCUUCCUCUUUGUGGAGACUGA